GAGGGGGGAGGGGGGGGGGAGGGGUGUGCAGGCAUGGCCCAGGGCCCAGUUGACUUAUUCCUCACCUGCUCCGCGCUUCUGUCCGUGAUAAAAGAGCCGCCGCGUGCCCUUCCUCCAUUUGGGUUCCGCCCCCCUCCAUAACCUACAGUGAAAUAUUUUCUUUGUUCUACGUCGACAUCUUUUGUUCCUCACUUUAUUUCCCUUGUUUUCCUUCCUUCAGCGGUGGCAUUACCCAGGACACAAGGCUGACGGCGUAACCCCCAAUCUGGGCUCGACAAGUUACAGUCCACCCGCAACACCGUGGACCAACCAACCUUUUCUUUGGUCUUCAGCCACAAUUCCCCUUUGUUCCAUCUUAGGGAUUCGGCUGCCUUGUUUCCCGCCUAGUCCUGCGCUUUCCCAAGUCGACAAACACUUGGUGGAUUGACCUUCGUCUUGUCAACUAAGGCGUCCUCCCCCAGGCGAUCUCUUUUGUCUCGUCUCACUGCCCGAGGCUUCCCGCAUUUCUUCCAUAUUCCACCUCACCUUUUCCUUGGCAACUACAAGCUACUUACUUCGCGCCUAGGAGUAGCAAUAUCCCUCGGAAGCUGUACAUCAAAAGCGUCUUUGUACCGCCUUCCCGUGUUGGGUUGGGCGUUCAAUGUCGGCCAUUUCCAAUUCCCCCCCCGUGUCUGCUCUCAGGAAUCUCCAAAUUAGUCAAAUGCCACCGACCACUCGAUCUAGGGCUCGUCCAAUGCCGGUUCCGUACUCAAUAAUCACCGACGACACUGUUGUCAAGGAGGAAGCCUCUGCCAAUCCUGAAGAGCAACUUCAUCACGAUUCUGAUCUGGAAAAUGACGAAGACCCUUCAACGGUCCAGUCUCCCACUAGAUUGACGUAUAAAAUUGACCAGCUUUCCGAGAAAACGAAGAAUGCGGUUCGAGACGUCUUCAAUGAGCCACCCAAGAUCGCCAUCGAGAAAUGCAGGAGGAUGGACGACACUUACGCAUUUCAAAUGACAGAGUUGGUCACACGAACUGUCCGGAUCAAGGCUUCAAGCACUGGAUCCGAGCGUCUAAUGUGUUCUUGUAAUACAAAUAGAACCGGGGGGGAGACAUGCGAGCAUCUUUUCUGGCUGUUAGAUCAGCUGGUUAAGCAAACUCUCUACGACCACGACCACAACAAACCUCUGACCAUGAACUCUAAUGGAUACGCAGAAGAGAUGGGUGACCCAUUUCAAAAUCUCGUCAAUUAUCAUCUUGAUGUUCUUGCGCAGGACUUCCGGUGCCAGCACUUGCAACCGGAGAAUCAGCCAGUGGGAUAUGACGACUCUAUAGACGAAGACGGGUACUUGAUGAGCCCCGACGAUGGCCGUUUCCAGGACUCACGAGAGAUUAUAUCAUCUUUCCACGACGACAUGGACCGUCCUGACAUAUUCGAUUAUCCCAUCGUCGUUGGCGAGGACAUUAUCCAGCCCCAGGAUCUCGACUACUCUGUCUUUCGCAUGCUACUUGACAACGCCGCCUUUUUCCAAUAUGUCCUCUCCAAAACCAACGCAAACGACGCCAUUCACGACCCAUUCAUGAAACUCUCUCGAAGAAUUGACAGGGUUCUUCGCGAUCUCGAUAACUACUCUGCCUCGUCCUACCACCUCAUAUCUCAGAGUCCACCAGCAUCCCCUGAUCUCUUUGGAGUUCACAAAAUAUCAACGGAGUCACAGCAGAAUGUCGAAUGGGCAUCUCGGCAUAUUAAUGGAGUCAUUCGAAUAAUCCGCUCUUACAUCUUUGCGCAAGAUGACCCUUUACCAGCCGGUGAGGCCCUUUGUGCCGCACGCGCUCUUACACACAUCCUCGCCAGCGUGGUGAGCCGAAACAAGGACGCGCACCCUGGGAAGGACCGGCACGACAGGAACCUGUACUUGAGACUCAUUGGCGACACAGACCAGAACUUUGUUGUGGGCGAACUUAGUUUGAUUCCUGGCGCUGCAAGCCAGUUUUUGCAUAAUCUCGAAGCCAUCCUUGAGCAAAUCGCUAUUCAUGGAGCCCCGGCUACGUAUGUGAGCAAGUUUAGAGUCUUGAACUCAUCCUUGCAUAAACAAAGAGCGGGGAAACCGUCAGCCGGAGGCAGGAAGCGUUCAUCCCAGUCUCCUAUGCUGUCUUCUAAGAUCAAGAGGGCCAGAUAAAAGGCACAUAACAGACGCCCUGGGCCUUCCGAUUAACGGCCAUAUAUGACACUCGUUCACGUUGUUAAAUUUCUAACAAUUCUUCUUCGGCAUUCAAAGAAACUUCUAGUA